AUGCCUUGCACGCCUCGCCCCUUCAAGGCCCCCGUGCCCAACGCCAGCCCGGCUCUGGAAGCUGUGGCCGAGAAGCUUCGUGCCAGCGGCAGCAGAAGACUCCUCACGGCAGAAGGCAUCAGAUCACUCUCCACCUCGACGAAGAAUCUCGUCGACAAUCUAUAUACCAACGUCCGCAAGAACUGCUGGGCAGACGCCAUCUGCGAAACCCCAGCAAGCCUCCGCUCCGGUCGAAUGGACCCAACUGGUAGAUGGCACCUUCGUAACCCUCACGUCUCCGCCUUCACCGACAACCUCUCCCACGCCAUCCAACUCGGCGACAUCGACGAAGUCGACUACCACCUGUCGUCCGGCAGGAUGCCCCUCAACACUUGCGAUCGCGAAGGAAAUUCCCUCCUCCACCUAGCCCUAACUUCCGGUCACUUGGGUAUCGCCGAUCUCCUACUUGAGAGUGGAGCCAGCCCCCAGUACAGCUUCGACCCGGAAGUCCCUGAGCUCGACCAACUCUUCCAAUGCCCCGAUCGUGUGGCCCCGCAGCUCAGCUCUAUCCGCGUCGACAUCCUCCGUCUGCUACUUAGAUACGGCGCCCAAAUCCGCCGAUUCCCCACCCUCAACAUCCUCUUCGACUCCCCCGGGAACGCCCCAGAGCUCCUUCAGCUCCUUAUCAAGAAUUAUCCGGAUGUGCUCCACGAACGCUCAAAAUCAGGCCACACCAUCCUCCACUCGGCCGCCGCGUUCGGCACCCCGGAGGUUUGCGACUUGCUGCUCGCUCGUGCUCCGCACCUCCGCACCACAUACACAGACUGGGACGUGACGCCUCUCCACAUGGCGAUCCUGGAGAGAAAUGAGCCGACUGCCUGCUUCCUCAUCUCGGCCGAUAUGAGCCUGCAGACGCGCCACGGGUACGACCGCACCGAGCUGUUCCUAGCGGCAUGUAUGGGCCUGCGUCGCGUCGUCAAGUUACUAUUAUCGACUACGGCGCUCUUCGCGUAUCCGCCGCAGAAGUGGGUUUCGGAUGCGAAGGCCGCUGUCCGCGUCGCGCUGUACAUGGGUAAUACCGAGAUUGUGGAUAUGAUUAGACGGAAUUUAGGAUUAUCAUGGCGCUCAUGCUUAUCCCCGUUUCUUACAUGUCCCCGGCCUGCUCUGACCCCGAGUAUUAUUAACAUCCGGGGAAUUGAGACGAGGAGGUCGAGGAGUAGACGCGCUAGGAGUGUCAGGGAUCAUGCUCAUACUCAUCGUCCGCAGCGGUCUGGUGAGGCUGGGUGGCAGAAUGUGAAUGGGAGUGGGAAUGUCUCUGCUCCUGCUCAUUCCCUCGCUGCUGUAUCCAAUUCGGGAACUGGUAAUCCUCUGGACGGUGGUGAGGUCGUGGGCGAUGCUAUGAGUUUGGAUGCCCAAGUUGAUCGGUUCUUGAACAGUGUGGGUGGGAGUGGACAGAGUACGCUUGGGGUUAUGGAUACGGUGGUGGAGAGUAUUGAGGAGUUGUGA